AUGGGCAAGAAAGACAAGUCUGAGAAGAAGAAGGAGGUCGAGGACGACGACGACGCCGAGGACGGCAGCAAGAAGCAGGUCUUCCUGUCUCCGAUCGCCAGCCCACUUGCGGGCAAAAAGCUGACGAAAAAGGCGCCUCCGCGCCUCCGCGCCUGUGCGUCCGGCGCCAAGACGCUGCGGCGCGGUGUCAAGGAGGUGGUCAAGGCGCUGAAGAAGGACACCAAGGGCUUGUCCCGCCCCUCCGCAGGUAACAUCUCGCCCAUUGACGUGAUUGCGCACGUCCCGAUCCUAUGCGAGGAGAAGGCAGUGCCCUACUGCUACGUGCCUUCGAAGGAGGAGCUGGGGCAGGCGCGCGCCGAGCCUUGCCCGUGGGGAGUGGCUGGCGGCCGCUUGGGCCGAAUCCCGACCCCUCUCCCAUAG